CCUUCGUGUACAUCUCACAGGACACUGCCUACAAGACCUUCAGAUUAUCAUGGAACACAUUUUCAGGAGUGCCUUUUUGAUGCUUUUUCUCUCAGUUGGUCUUCAAGGACAUCCGGCUAACAAUUUAGAGAGAAUUCAAAUUGGAAUACAACAUCUACAAAAGAAUAUUAAAUGUCCAGAAGGUACAGUCUUCUAUGCUCCGUCUCCAGCGGAUGUAGAGAAAAGCAUUGCUGGAGCACUGGCCUGUUCUAUUCAACAACUGAACCCCCUCGAUAACACCAAUCUGCAGCAUCAUAUCAACAAGACUUUGAAGGUCCUGCAAGCGACAUUUGUCGAUGACAUCAGAACGGACUCGUCAGAAUGCAGCCGUGAGAACCCGCUGUUCAAAAAGUCUUGCAAGGAGUUCCUGGAGAAUAUGACCAGUUUAGGUCAAGCUCUAUCUGUCAAAUCGUCCAAAUGAUAGAUCCUAUUUUAUCUCCCAGUUGCAUGGGGGGAGGAUGGCGUCACAGGAAGUAGAUUGUCAUUGCACUGAUACUAUAUAUUAUCUCGAACAAUUUGUGUAACAUUGUGUGACACCAGCUUUUAAAAUAUAUAUAUUUUAUGUCUUACUGGAUGUACUUACAAACCUGGGAUGAAAGCCCUACAUAAUGAAGGAAGGGGCUACUGUAGAUUCUGUUUAAUGAUGUGAUAUCCAUAUACUGUGCCUGAACUGCUCUGAAUGCAAGUGUUUGAGUUCUCAAUGUCUGUUAACUAUAAUGUAUUUAAGCUUCUAAAAAGCUCUAAUUAAGUUAUUUAUUUAUGUAUUUAUUACAUAUUUAUUAUAUUUUGAUUUCUACACAUGGACUGUUCCUAUAACCUUGAUAAUAAAUUUGCAAUUGAAA